AUGUCUACCGAGGACAGAGGUCCCCAAGUUGCGGGAGUCGCUAUCCUAUUCUUGUGUUUGUCAUGGAUCUUCGUUGGCUUGCGAUGCUAUGUCAGGGGACACAUGAUAAAAAACUUUGGAACAGAUGAUUGGCUUGCUAUUGCAUCUCUUGUUUUAUUUACAUUGUACUGUACCUUUGUUCUCAAAGGCGUCGAAUACGGGACUGGGCAGCAUCUUGCCAACCUUCCAGAGCAGAACAUCCCCAUUGCCUUGAAGUGGUGGUGGUGUUGCGAGUUGGCCUAUAUCUCCUCGACUACCGUUUUGAAAGUUAGCAUAGCAAUAUUCCUGUCACGAAUCAGUGUGAAGAGAAGCCAGAUAGUUACUAUAUGGAUCGUCAUCGGAGUGGUCACAGUUUUUUCUAUAUUUUACUUCUUUCUCAUUAUCUUCCAGUGUUCACCAGUCACAUACUUCUGGACACAGUAUUUGGGUGUCGUGGGCAAAUGCGUCCCUGCUAAAGUCAUAACCAACUCAACGUAUGCUCACUCAGCCAUUUCCGCCUGGGCAGACUGGACACUGGGUAUUCUUCCCAUCUUCCUCGUCUGGGAUCUUGCUAUGAACCCUCGAACCAAAAUUUCUGUGGCGUUAAUUCUCGCACUCGGUGCAAUAGGCUCUACUGCGACGAUUGUACGGAUACCAUAUAUCAAACAGCUAGCCCAAAACGACUUUCUCUAUUCAACUACGGAUGUUGCCAUUUGGAGCACAGUCGAACCUGGGAUUGGCAUUACAGCGGCAGCACUGGCGACUCUUCGACCCUUGUUCCGCACCUUCCUCUCCCGUUCCAAGCUCUUCGGUUCAUCAACUCGAAGCCCGAGUGAGAGCAAUGCUUGGUCAUCCUCGAAAAUGGCCAACCGAGGUGGAUAUAUUCGCAGUGGGGGUGUGCAGAUUGGCACGGAGCUAGGCUUGAGGACUGAUCUAGCAAAAGGAGGCGGUGUCACCACUACUAUCAAGAGCACGAACAAUGCCGAUUAUGACGAGAAUGGCCAAUCGAAGAAGCUGAAGAGGAGUGGAAGCGGUCAAGCUUUGAGGUGGGACGAAAGUGAGAGGGAUCUGAAAGAUGAUAGCAGUGAGGAGUUCUUGCCGGUUCAGGGACCCAAUGUCGAUUGGAGAGGUGUGAAGAAGACUACCGAGGUCUCCACGACUCGAGAAGUGAAGCCUGGGGAGGCUGGGAGGCUGGGCAACGUGUGCGAUUAAAAUGCAGUUUGUUAUCAUUGUCCAAAUUCUCAAUACUCCCGGGAAGGUCAAACCUCACUACGAGGGGGUGUUCACAAGAGCUCAGGAGCCAUCUGCAUGCCAGAGCGCCAGCCCCAUCUCCGUCUGGAGUCGAGGUAUUGCCGACUUACCAAUGAUUUCUAAACCCAAAAUUUGCCACUUAAUUUCAUUCAAAGGACUUAAUAAGG